AUAGAAGGCAAACAAACAGCACUGUCUGCAUGCGUGGUACGUGAACAAACAGUGAAGCAUCAUGGAGGCUCGCUUCACCCGAGGGAAGUCUGCCAUCCUGGAGCGGCCGCUGAGCCGGCCGAAGACCGAGGUGAGCGUGAGCGCCUUCGCCCUGCUCUUCUCGGAGGUGGUGCAGUACUGCCAGAGCCGCGUCUACUCCGUGUCCGAGCUGCAGGCGCGCCUGGCCGGCCUGGGCCAGCGCGUGGGGGCCAGCCUGCUGGACGUGCUGGUCCUGAGGGAGAAAAGCGGCAAGAGGGAGACCAAAGUGCUCAACAUCCUGCUGUUUAUCAAGGUAUCCGUAUGGAGAGCGCUGUUUGGCAAGGAGGCGGACAAGCUGGAGCAGGCCAACGACGACGACAAGACCUACUACAUCAUCGAGAAGGAGCCGCUCGUCAAUACCUACAUCUCUGUGCCCAAAGAGAACAGCACCUUGAACUGCGCGGCCUUCACCGGGGGGAUUGUGGAGGCCAUCCUCACCCACAGCGGCUUCCCCGCCAAGGUGACGGUCCACUGGCACAAGGGCACCACGCUCAUGAUCAAGUUCGACGAGGCUGUGAUAGCCAGAGACAAAGCCCUGGAGGGCAGAUAGAGCACAGGGGGAUGAGGGCGGGAGCGGGUUGAAGUGUGAUGGCAAGAAAUGCUCAUGAUCACUACCUGAAACCUGAUCUGUUGUAUUACAAUAUGAGCAGUUUCAAUUUAAGAUCAUGGAACUUAUAAAGAGAGCACAGCUGUACAUUUGAGGAACAGGAAUGUCUUUCCUUCUAAAGCCCUGACGGUGAACGUAAUGUGAUGAAUUUAACUAUUACCAAAGCUUAUUUAUUCAUUUUUUUCCUGUUUUUGGUGGAAAGUGGAAUCACCAUGACAAAUUCAGAAUGUAAAGUCAGUUUAUAUGCAACAUUUGGUCAAGGUUAUGUUUAUAUGAGGUGUGGCAGUGUGUUACCACAUCUGAGAAGGUGUGACAGUGUGUUACCACAUCUGAGGAGGUGGGUCAUCCUCUGGUUUUUUUUUUUUUUCAUUCCUGGUGAGAUUAUAGCCUUCUAUAAAUGUUUCUUCUCUGAGAUCAGCAUCAUGCACAGGUGGUUGACCUCUCGGCGUUGUGGGUAGUGUACUGUAAAUGCAGUGAUGUUAGAUAAUGCCUUUAUAUUGGCGUCAUAAAGUGUAAAUAAAUUCAUGAAGAAGUAUUUUUGGAUGGCAGCUUUUCAUCUGUGUCCAUAAAACUGACACUGCAGUGGUUUACAAAAGUAUUCAUACUUCUUUAGCCAUACUCAAGACAUACUCAUAUGUCUUGUCACAACCACAAACUGUGUGUUGUGAAUGUGUGUAUUCACAUCUAUCUUCUUCUAUUGAACAGAGAAAUAUUGAUCAUUUGGAAAUAAGUAUCUUCUGUGAGCACAGGUUCGCCAGCUGAUAAUUUAUGAAAGACUGCAGGCCAUUCUGGAAGCCUUUCGCUGCCAUCACCUCCAUACCGGUGGAUUUUAAAGCUGCGAUGGAAAGAAGGACUCUGAACAUCGUGUUGUCAAUAAUGGAUCACCCUGACCACCCUCUCUACCACAUGCUGAACAGAUAAUGUUUUCAAACAGACUCCUGCAGCUCUCAUAAAAAAAGGGAUAGGAGAUCCUCACUGCCAGCCAUAAUGGAUGGACAGCACAAUGCACUUUGGACUCACAACACAAAUGCAUUUAUUGACAGUAAACUGAACUGGGCUGGGUGGGGAAUCCCCAAGUCCUUUACAAGAAGGGCCUAUUUUUUCAGAUUGCUGAGGUCCUUCAGGUCCCUUCAGUAUCCCUGUAACUGUCCUCUGUCUUGUUGCAUGCUGGGGCAGCAGACCGAGGGUGGCCGACACCAACAGGCUCGUCAAACUGAAUAGAGGAGAAAUACAUGGUUGGGGUGGAGAUGGGCUGUGGUGCAGGUGGUGUGAUGUUCAAACUAAGGUGAUCAAUGAUUCUUGCCCCAUCUACGAUAUGUGCAGGAGCACAUUCAGCAACAGUUUCAUACCACUAAUGUUUUACAAAAGAUCCUUCUUUUGGACUUCAUAUCACUUUUUGUAAAUGAUGUUAUUGUUUUCGUUGUCAGUCCAUCUCCAUGCAUAGUACUGUUAAACCUUGUACAUAUUGAUUUUUAUGAUUU